AUGAAUGCCUUUGAUGUGGCACGGCUGCGUUAUUUACAGCUGCAGAUGCUGCUCACGGUUGAGUCAUCAGAAAUGCGAACGCAUCAUAAAUGUCCUGGAAGAGUUGUGACUCUGGUUGAAGACCCUGAGGGCUGUGUGUGGGGCGUUGCUUACAGACUGCCAGCUGGACAAGAAUGCGAAGUCAAGGCGUACCUGGACUUCAGAGAGAAGGGAGGCUACAGGACUACAACGGUUGUUUUCUACCCAAAGGACUCGUCAGUCAAACCCUUUGAUGUACUGCUGUACAUCGGCACUCGCGAUAACCCCAACUACCUCGGCCCUGCGCCUCUGCAGGAGAUUGCUGAGCAGAUCAUUGGCGCCGUCGGACCCAGCGGAAGAAACACGGAAUACCUGUUUGAACUCGCUAAUUCUAUGAGAAAUCUUGUACCAGAAGAUGUAGACGAGCAUCUCUUCUCCUUAGAGAAACUAGUAAAGGAACUCCUGGAAAAAGAACAAAACCUAAACUGCCUAUAGAAGAACUUCUUUCAUUGCUUCAUCUUCAGAGGAAUGGUUUCGUUGCACAGUGGGUAUAUGACUUGGAGGCAUAUUGCUCUGUACUAUGCUAUCUUAUUUA